AAGAGUUUAUAAUAACCAGCUAGCUUAGCUAAAGAAAUUUCAUCGAACCCACAAAAAAGAAAUAAGAAAAAAAUGGCAUCGAUCAAUAUUCCAAAGCUGGUUCUGGGUUCUUCCUCCAGGCCCAGGAGCAUCCCUGUAAUUGGUCUCGGAACAGCUUCACACGACAGAGAUCCAACUACCCUGAAAAGGGCAGUGUUGGAAGCUAUCGAGUUGGGCUACAGGCACUUCGACACGGCCUCUGCAUAUGGGUCAGAACAGGGUCUUGGGGAAGCCAUAGCCGAAGCUCUCAAACUCGGUCUUGUUGCUUCUCGAGAUGAACUUUUCAUCACUACCAAGCUUUGGUGUACUGAUUGUCACCCUCAUCUCGUUCUCCCUUCUCUUAAAGCAUCACUUGGGAAACUUCAACUCGAGUAUCUUGACUUGUAUCUGAUACACUGGCCCAUGAGUGCAAAGCCAGGGAUUGCGGUAUUUCCCAUUGAUGAAAAGGACCAAAUGCCAAUGGACUUUAAGUCUGUAUGGGAAGCCAUGGAAGAAUGUCAGAAACUUGGCCUCACCAAGUCCAUUGGUGUUAGCAAUUUCUCUUGCAAGAAGCUUGAGAACAUUCUCUCUUUCGCCACUAUCCCUCCUUCUGUCAAUCAAGUAGAGAUGAACCCAACUUGGCAACAAAAAAAGCUAAGAGAGUUUUGCGGUGCCAAUAAUAUAAUUGUGACUUCUUACUCACCAUUGGGAGCUAAAGGAACUCGUUGGGGUGGCAGUCAUGUGUUGGAUAAUGAAGUGCUUAUAGAUAUAGCCAGAGCUAGAGGAAAGACUGUUGCUCAGGUUAGUCUAAGGUGGAUAUAUGAGCAAGGGGCAAGUAUUGUAGUUAAGAGUUACAACAAGGAGAGAUUGAAGGAAAACCUUGACAUAUUCGACUGGGCACUAACAGAGGAUGAUCUUCAAAAGAUUAAUUUGAUUCCACAGAACAGAUUCAAUGUUUGUGAGGCUUUUGUUUCACCUGAUCAUGGUCCAUACAAAUCACUUGAGGAACUCUGGGAUGGAGAGAUUUAAUCACUUUGUGUAUCAGUUUCCUUAUUUCCUGGAGUUUGAAUAAGGGUUUACUCUCUGACUUCAUCACAAUAUAUGCUAGUAUAUAGUUCCUAUGUUUCUUUUUUCUAUUUUGAAUAAAAACGAAACUUUUCUUUAGCA